UUUCGUAUUUUGCUAAAUUAUUUAAACAAUAAUAUUAAUUAAUACAUUUCAUGUAUCUUUUUUUGAACUUUUUAAAAUUAUUUUGUCUUAAAGUUAAAAAAAAAGCAAAAAGUUCACUUUUACAGCUACGCGAAGGCGUUUGUAACCGUAACUAAGCCAAAGAAACAUGGAGAGGGAUAAUACUGUAAAGGAAAAGCUAAUAGUGCCUACGGACUUUAUUUCAUCGGCGCAUUUAACUAAUGUUCAGAGGGACCUCAUACCUCCGUCGCAUUUUACAUCGACUGCUCAAUCAUCUGGAGCCCAAAGAGGGGUUCAAAGCGCCAAAACAUUACGUCAGACUGUCUGGAAGAACCUAGUACCGACAUCAGAACCCAGGGACCCAAACCCUGCAAGUCCAUGGUUCACCUUUCCUCAGGGUAAACUUAAGGAAAAUCAGGGGAUGCUUCUGCUACCAGGAGACUUCCCAAGUGCAAAUGAAACAGUGGGCCAGCCUGCAGCGCACAGAUUUGCAGAAAAAGGAGAGCAAAAGUCCAUAUGGGAGUCACAGUACCAGCUCGGGAUAGAAAAACACAAGGCUGAAACUGAGAGGUUAAAAGGUCAGGUGCAGGCCCUGAAAGAAGCUGCAGAGAAAUACAGAGAAGAAUUGAAAAACAAAGAGAUCGCCUUGUGCAGGUGCACCCAUGAGCUGGAAGUAGCGCGUGAAAAUGCAUCAAAGGCGAAAGCAGAAAUCAGCCAAGUCAGAGAGAAGCUCAGCCUCAGCAGAGGACAGGAGGAAAUGAUGAGGUCGCAGCUUGAAAAAGUGAGAGCAGAAUGUGGAGAGGAGAUUGCACAGCUGAGGAGAUCAGUGGAAAAGAGCAAAGAGGAAUCCAGAGAGCUUGUUCUUAAGGCUGAAAUGAGUUGGCUGCAGGCUGAAGAGGAGGCCAAAGAGCAGGCUCUCAGACUCUCCAAACAACUGGAGAAAAUGAAGGAGAAGCAGGAGGCACAGUUGCAACAUUUAAAUACAUCGUACUGUGCAGAGCUGGAUGCAGCAAGAAAAGGAAAUGCUGAAUUACAGGACAGGCUCCAGUCGAUGUCCACACAAGUGCUGCAGUUACAGAGCGCUCUGAUGGAGACAUCGACUGAAAGAGACGAACUGAAAGAACAUUUAAGUCAUGUGGGACGAGCUUUCGAGACCCAAUCUGCAACGCUGCAGAGCCUCAGAAAUUACAUCGGCCAGCUCGCCCCAGAGAGAGGAGAAAAGGAACAAUUAAAGGAAACUGUUGAGAAGCUUAACAAAGAGAAGGCGGCUCUUCAGACGACCACCGAGCUCCUGACAGUCAGACUUAAUUCUCUAAAUGAGAUUCUCGCCCUCCAAGAGGAGAAGCUGGUUAAGAAGCAAACCUUUGCAGAUCCUCUCCAAUGGAAGGAUUCUCAGAUCCUUCAAGUGCUUCAGCUGUGGAGGGAGAAAGUCUUCAAGUUAUGCGUCCAGCUUCGCUCUAAAGACAUUGAGAUGAGACGAGAAAAAGACAAACUUCUGAUAGAUGUGAGAUCCACGGAGCAGCAGCUCCAGCAGGAGCAGCACCAGAACCGUGUGCUCCAACACAGUCUGCAAGACAGAAUGGCAGAGCUGGACCUGGAGAGGGUAGAAAAGGAGAGACUGAAAGAAGAUUUAACAAAAGUUGAGAGAGAAAAUGCUGAGCUGAAGUCACAGAGCCAAAGAGCAGAGGCUGAGAUGAAGACUCUAAUUGAAGCUGUUCAUAGGUUCAAGAAGGACUUUGAAAGCAAUGCAGCAGAAGUAGACUCCGCUAAAGCACAGCUAAACACUUUUACCCAGAGGCUUUCUUUUGCUGCAAGAAGAGUGGAGACCAUCCAGUGUUUGGUCAUGAGGCGAGCGGCUCUGCAGAAAAUUGAGCAGGCAUGUCAACAACCAAAGCAAGAAGAGAACAGCUUGAUAAACCUGCAAACAGAAUACAAUUUGAUUUGUGAGGAGCGUGACAGACUGACUCUGGAGCUCAAAAGAACCCCAGAGCUCAUGGAGAAAGCUCUAGCUGAUCUGCAAGAACAACAUGGGAGUGAAGUCAGACAGCUGCAGCAGGAGCUGGAGCAGAGCUGCGGGGAGGUGAAGCGGGCUGUAGCCGGUAAAGAGAAGGCGGAGCAGAGCCUGCAGCAGAUCCAAGCACAGCUGGAUGAGAACAACGUCAGCUUGGAGACACUUCGCUGUGAGCUGCUCCGCCUGCAAGAACGAAACCAGCAGGCCCUGCAGGAACGAGUGUCUGAGAUUCAGGCUGCGCACGCUGAGAAGAUGAGGGAGCUGGAGCUUCAGCUGCACGCAGCCCGCAGAGAGCACACCAAAGCAGUUAUGACUUUGCGGCAGUUUCAGAGACAGGAAAACACAAACCAAAAUGUCCUGAACAAACAUCUGAAGGAGAUGGAGGGGAGCAAAAAGUUUCUUCAUGUCACGAUGGCAGAACAUGCAGAGCCAGCUUCAAGGAGGGGAGAAAUCCUCUCAGAGAAGAGGACUGGUGUUGAAGCAGAGGCCCAUCAGCCUGCAGAGAGACUCCUGUGUGUUUUGGAGGAGCUCCACACGCUUAGCGCUGUUGUAGUAAACAGCUCUGAAGACUCUUCAGAGGAAGAACUCCAAAGUGACGACAGGAGGACUUCUGCAGACCUUCUGUACAGUCAAGACAUGAAGAACUGAAGAAGACUUAAAACAUUAGCCCUUUUUUACUCCACUGAGUUGAGCUUUAAAGGCUGGUAUCACUUUCAUUUUAACAAAAUAAAAUUUGAUAUCUUCCAGAUUCUAUUAGAUAAUGUAAUUUUAAAAAUGAAGAUCAAUAAGAACUCAGGAAAGACUUGUGGAUUGUGGACCGCUAAUAUGCAAUAGUGUGCUAUUUCUUUGUCAUUUUACUACUUUUUUCAAAUUUAAGUUAUUUUAAGAAAAAUCGUAUUUUAUUUUGUAGUUCAGCUAAAGUAAAGAUUUGCAGUAAGACGCUUUA